AUGUUGGGCAGCCAUUCAAAAUUGAGUAUCGCACAGAUUGUGUUCUAUAUACCGGUAACGGCCACUGCACUUUAUCUCGCGUGCUAUCGGCACAAGCGACCUCGCAUGGCAUGGAUUAUCUUGACUUUCUUCUCUAUCAUUCGAAUCACUGCGGGAAUCUUGGUCAUUAUCUCGGAGAAGUCUUCCAGUCUUGGCGUGUCGAUAGCUUCUGUUAUCUUUCUUAAUGCCGGCGUGUUUCCCUUGAUUGCAGCAACUUUGGGCUUUAUUCGAAUCAUUGUGGCGCUCGAACGAAACAUGAGCCGACAAAUUCGGCAAUGUUUAGUUGUGUCCCGAUUUCUUUUCAUUGUCGGAAUCGGACUUACCGUUGCAGGCGGGGCUCUGGAAGGGAGUGACACCGACAGUGAUGUACUCAUUGGUGUUAAACUUGUCAAGACCGGUUACAUCAUGGUGGUGGUCUUUGUCGGAUGUUUACUCGCUAUGCAAGGGUAUUUCUGGACACAACGCUCGGCUCUCUCAGUUACAAGCAGAACGAUUCUCACCUCCACGGCUCUGGCUACACCUUUUAUAGCCGUUCGUAUCGUAUAUCUCUUUCUGUCCGUAUUCCAGCCAACCGACUUGAGGUGGAGUGAUCUGAGGGGUCCAAUUGCCCCGUUCCUGACUAUGGGUUUGUUGAUGGAAUAUGCUGUUGUUUUGAUGUAUCUUAUUACCGGGUUUCUCAUUCCCAGUUGGAGGAAUAUCGAAAAGCCAGAGAUCCUCUUGGAUGACGCAACAAGAUGA